UUGGUUUUGGCUGUAACAGGCUGUAACAAAGAAGAAACCGGCUUUUGUAAUAACGUGUUCGUAGUAAAUUUUACAAAAGAAUACCUUAGUAAAUAAUAGAAGACGAUAUUAAAGUGACAAACAAUGCCACACAGCCGCAAUCAGUCGAAAGAUAGACAGAAUGAUGGUGAUAAUGCCACACAAGGCAGCAGAAGUCAUUCCGACUCUGGCAGUGCCAGUAGCUACGCGAGCCGUAGAUAUCAGGGAAAUCGUAGGAAUUUCUCAAGAAAAGGCAGAGGCGAUGGUUGGAAUUCAUCAGGUGGAGGAAGAUCAUAUGGUAAUCGAGGAGGAUACUAUUCCAGUUAUUCAGGAAAUCGAGGAUAUAAAAGAACUCAGAUGAAUUAUGAAAAAGAUGGAAAGCGUCCAAAGUUAGAAGUUGGGAAUCGCCUUAAAGAGAUCGACAUUGGAGUCACUGAGUUCAUUGGCGAUCAUGAAGGAUUUUCCGGUGUGAUAAAGGAGAGAUAUGCAGAUUUUCAUGUACAUGAAAUUUCUGUUGAUAACGAGAUUGCUAAGUUGAUUGAUCAAAGCAUACCUCCUGCACCGGAGGAACUAGCAAAUAUGGACGAUUUAAAGAAAAACAUUCCAGCAAGCGCUUGGAAUCAACUCGAGCAAUUGAUGGAGGCAGACAGUAACAUUUCAUCUGUAGAAAUAAAUGUAACAAAUAUUGAUAAAGAGCAACGUAGAGCCAUUCACACAGUUGCUAAAAAAAUACAAAAUGUCAUAAGUCAAACUGUCGACCAGGAAGAUCAGAAAAUUAUAGUCAUUACAAAGUCUGACAAAAAAUCUGCAUCUGGUCAUCGAUUUCGAAGCGAUCAGAUGAUCGAUUGGGCUCGCCGUGGGGGUUCUUAUUGUCAUUUUAUGUUACACAAAGUGAACAUGGAUACUAUGGAUGCCUUAAAUCAAAUGGCUAUGUAUCUAGGUCUCAAAGUCAAUACAUUUAACUAUGCUGGGACUAAAGAUCGUAGAGCCAGAACCACCCAAUGGGUGAGUUUAAAAAAGAUUAAUCCAGUUAAUAUAUUACAAGCUGGUAAAGCAAUACGAGGUGCUUAUGUGGGUAACUUCAAAUUUUGUGAAGAACCUCAAAGAUUGGGAUUACUUAGUGGGAAUCGAUUCAGAAUUGCACUCAGAAAUGUGACGGGUUCAGAUGAACAAAUAGAGAAAGCAAUGACGUCAUUACGAGACAAUGGUUUUAUUAACUAUUAUGGCCUCCAGCGAUUUGGUACCGUGGCUGCCAUUCCAACACACGAAAUUGGCAAAGCAUUAUUACAAAGAAAUUGGGAUAAAGCUGUUGAAUUAAUUCUGAAGCCUCGAGCAGGCGAGCAACAGAGAGAGCUAAUCAAUGCUAGAGAAAUAUUUGAAAAAACUAAAGAUCCUCAGGCAGCAUAUGAUAAAAUUCGUCGUCCUGACCAAAUAGAAGCAAAGCUUCUCCAAGGACUUUGCAGCUGUGGGAUUAAUAAUCCCCAAGGAGCAUUAGAUUGGAUUCCUAGGUACACGCGAUUAAUAUAUAUCCACGCGUAUCAAAGUUUCGUCUGGAAUGAAAUAGUAUCCAGGAGGAUCAGAGAGUUUGGUCGUAAACCAAUAGUAGGCGAUUUAGUGUACGAGAAUUCCAACUUUAAGGAAGGAAUCGAAUCCUUGGAGUUUCCUCAUGUUGAAAAUGGAGAAGAAAGUGGACAAUCUUGUCAAGAAAUACAAACCGAGAACAAUGAUGAAGGCACUGAAACGACUAAAACAGACAAAGAAAAUCGCAAAGCUGAUUUACCGGACGAAUCCGUAGACGAGUUAAAUAAAGACCAUGAAAUGGUUCAUAAAGUAAAAGAAGACGAAACAGCGACAAUUAAUCCUGGAGAUGUCAGCGAGUGCACAAAAACUAAGGAACAGAAUGAAGAAGUUGUGGUCUCUAAAGAUAGUUCACUUGAUUCGAUGGCGGAUGACGGUGGAAGCAAAGACGAGGUAAAGCCUAUCGAAGCUUGCAAGAAAAGUGCUCAGGAUGAUAUUUCAUUAGAAGUUGAAAAAGAAACGAUGAAUCCCCUUCCAGCUGUAAAAGUUUUAACCGAGAAAGACUUACCAAAUUAUACUUUGGCAGAUGUAGUCAUUCCGCAACCAGGGUACGCUGUUACUUAUCCUACUUACGCGAAAGAGUGGGUCGACGAAAUGUUGGCCAAAGAUGGAUUGACGACUGAUCUUCGACAGAAGAAUAAAAAAUACACACUUAGAGGGGCAUACAGGAAAAUAUUGGAAAUACCCUCUAAUUUGUCAUGGCACACUAUGCGGUAUGUGUCUAAAUACGACGAUUUAAUCUUGAGUGAUGUUGACGAAAUGAGAAAAUUGACUCCGCCUAAAGAUCAGCCAGAUGGUAAAUACAAAGCACUGAUUGUUGAGAUGUCUCUUAAGCCUUCCACAUAUGCUACAAUGGCUCUACGUGAAAUUCUCAAGUGCGAUACAUCCCCCCAGACACAGGCUGCUCAAUCGGCAGCACAUGAAGCCCAGGAAGAUGAAGGCAGAAAAGUUGAGGAUGAAAAAAAGGAAGAUACAGAAGGAACUAAGGAGACAGAGAAAGAUGCCGAAGAAAGUAAAGAGAACAUAAAAGACUUACACGAUAACCCAGAUUUGAAGAAGAUAGUCGUUGAAAAAGAAGUUGACGAGGUGAAAGGUAUAGUCAAUGAAAAGACUGAAGUUAACACGAAAGUUGAAAACUCUGAAACCGUUGAAAAUGUUAAGAUAGUGGAGGAUGACGGAAGAACAGAUAAGACGAUCGUUAAAACGGAAGAAACGAUGUCAGAAGGAGGAAGUAAACAAGAGACCAACGAGGUACAAGAAGGUAUUGAAGUAGUCGAUAAUAUAAAAGACUAAUGAUGCUUGUGAUAAUAAGUAAGUUAUUACAAAGGAGACCGGGAGCGCUUUUGAAGAAACAGGUUCCAGUUCCAUUACUGUUUAAGGAGAUAAAUAUUCGGAAAGUGAAGGCGAGCAGAGAUUUUUAAGUUCGAGGAAGAGUCAAAGAAGCCGAGAAUUUAUGUAGCGACUGAGAAAAGUCAAGAUAUAUAUAAUUAAAACAGGCUUCUUUGUAUUCGUCACUGAGUAGGUUAAAGUAUUACUGCUCUCUCAGUAUCCUACAAGUACUGUUAUAUUCGUACUAAAAAUGAUUGUUUAAUUUUUUUACUCUGCGAGCUGCGAGCCAAUAAAAUAAUACUAUCCAUAAAA